AUGUUUAAUAAUAUUAUUAGUCAUACUGUAAUAAAACCCAAUGUUGAGACCUUGCACUUUGAUCAAAGCAAAGACUGUAUCAGUUUGCGUACAGAAGCGGCGCACGCGCACGUGUUCGCCAUGACCAUCGCCGGGGCCUUGCUCACGAUAGCGUGCGUCGUCGCGACGGCCGCCUUCAACAUAGAUCUAAAUAAUACAAACAUUGACAAUAACGUUAUAAAGCAUCUAGUAUCAGCAAUAGACUCUAACAGAACUUUAAACCCUAAGGAUCUAGCGUUACUAAAUAGAACUGCAGUAAAUUUUGGCAUUGAAAGCGAAAUAUUAACCAAAUUAGCUACUUUAGUGAAUGAAACUAAUAAACCGUCUAAUGGAGUCGCUACAUCCUCUUAUGCUUAUGAGGAAGGAAGUAAGGAUUCGUUGCCAGUUGAAGAGUCUCCGGAUUACGCUUCAUCUGUAGUUCUUGCUAGCGAUCUGUUAUCCCUCACAUCUGCUGUGGCGAACGUCAAGGAAAAUGUAUGCAGAGAACAAGGAUACAAGUUUUUAGAUGGAUUGCUGUUGAAUAAACGAUGGGCAUUAAAAAUGUUCGAUGCAUCAGCGAAAUCCCCUCAAGGUUUGCUGUUCGGGUCCUCAUUUCACUUGGGCAACUUUGAUGAGUGUCUAGCUAUUGAAGACCGAAUUGAUGAUGAUACUGUUGUAUAUGGACAGUACUGUCUGGCUAACAUCAAAUGGAGAAGAUCUGAGGAAUACAAAAAGGUACGAACCGGUCGCGGCGAGACGCUGCGGUGGGCGAUAUGCGUGCCAAGGGUCUGUCAUGCAAGUGCUGUUGAGCAGUUUGUCAGUGAUGUCCUUUCGCACACAGUUGGUAAUACGACCAGUGUACAAGUCACAGAGAGAGACUGCUACACGAAGCGACCACUUACUCUCAAUUCACUGGAUGUUGCUUUUUUGUCAUUAAUAUUCCUGUUCAUUGCGAUAUUAUUGAUGAGCACAUCAUAUGAAAUUUAUUGCAUACAAUGGGACCGGAAGCGGAAUUCCACGUUACAUGAUGUGGUUUUAUCAUUUUCGAUCCUUAAUAACAUGAAAAAGAUACUUUCUACCAAACAGAACAAUAGUUUGGCUUUGGAAAGCAUCACUGGGAUCAAGGUUUUGGCGAUGAUCUUUAUCAUAACAGGACAUGCUUGUUUAUUUAUCAGCGUUGGACCUGUCAUGGACGCAGAAGCAUGGGAUAGGAUAUUACGCAAUCCAGCCAACGCUUUCAUGGAGAACAACAUGAUUUUGGUAGACACGUUCUUAUUUCUGGGAGCGUUUCUAUUCAGUCGGAUAUUACUUCCUGAACUGGAUAAACGACGGGGCAGAUUAAAUGUUAUACCAAUACUACUGUUUCGCUAUCUCAGGGUAACACCAGCUUAUGCUAUUGUCAUAUUGUUCUACAUGACAUGGUUCCCGAAGAUCGGAGAUGGUCCUAUGUGGGAGAACAAGAUGAGGUUAGAACAAGAUAGAUGUAUGGAGUCGUGGUGGGCCAAUAUACUUUACAUAAACAAUUAUGUCAACACAGAUAAAAUGUGCAUGUUUCAAUCCUGGUAUCUCUCUGUUGACACUCAAUUGUUCUUUUUCGCUCCAAUCUUCAUAUAUUCACUCUGGAGAUGGCGUCGAUUCGGCCUCGGGUUAUUGGGUGUAGGGCUAGUGGUAUCCCUGUUGAUACCAGCUGUAAUUACUUAUGUCAGACGAUUGGAUCCCACACUUUUAUUAUUUGCCAAAGAAUUCACAGACUUGAUUUCCAAUUUUUAUUUCAAAGAAGCUUAUAUAAAGACACACAUGAAAAUAACGACAUAUUUAAUGGGCUUACUAACUGGCUAUAUUCUAUAUCGGAUCCAAAAAGAAAAUUACCAAUUAUCUCGGACAUUGAAAAUCUUCGGAUGGACAACCAGUCUGAUACUGGGUACGGUUACAACGUUUUCGGUUAGCAUCUUCUAUCAGGGGUGGUAUCAGUACAACGCUAUUGAGGCAGCAGCGUAUAUAUCCCUACAUAAGCUGGCAUGGGCGAUAGCGAAUGGAUGGAUGAUUAUUGCAUGCACCACCGGAAAUGGAGGUAUUUUCGCGAAGCUGUUCAAUUGGAAACUACUGGUGCCAUUGUCCAGAUUAACUUAUUGUGCUUACCUCGUGAAUGGUAUUGUCGAAUUGUACUAUAUAGGACAGUUGAGACAUCCAGCCCAUCUCACUAUGUUAACUGUGGCAGCAAAUUCCAUUUCACACUUGGUGCUGACGUUUUUCCUUGCCUUAUUGCUGUGUAUUACGUUUGAAAGUCCAAUACACGGCAUCGAGAAGAUUCUUCUCAAAAAAUUCGUUGGUCCAAAAGUGAGUGAUAACACGAGAGGAGAUCAAUCUCAAGAAUCAUCGAGAAACACUAGUCAAUCAAAAUUAGAUUCAUAGCAAAAAAAUUGUUUUAGGUAAAAUUAUUUUAAAUAGUAAUAUUAUAAUUGGAUAGGGUGUAUUAUAUUAUAAUAUAAAAUUUUUAAAAACUGGUGAUAAAAUAAAUGUAAAUACAAUAUUUCUUGAGUACUUAUAUAAAUAUGUUGCGUUUAUAUAAAUUUAAUUUGUUACUUGUAAUAUUUUUACAUACAGGGUAAAAGGCGUAAGGAGUAAGUUGACUUGAGAAUGUGAUCGAAUCGAAUGGACUCAAUUAAGGUCGAUUGAAAUUCAAAUUUCUUAAUAAUACAAUUAAGAUAAUGCCAUAAAAAGUAAUAGGGAUCGACUAUUCAAUGCCAAUUCGAUUUGACCUGAUAUGAUUUUGUAAAAAUUUAGCUAGAGAUAGCUGAAUUUUCUAUGAU